AUGGAGCUCUGGGGUCUGGUCCUGGGAGCCCUGCUGGUGGUCAUCGUUGGGUACCUGUACGUGUCCAGGCUCUCCCGACAACGCAAGCCCCAGGAACCCCCUCUGGACAAAGGCCCUGUGCCCUGGCUGGGCCAUGCCAUAGCAUUCCGGAAAAAUAUGGUUGAAUUCCUGAAACACAUGCAGGCCAAGCAUGGGGAUGUGUUUACUGUGCAGCUAGGUGGACAGUACUUCACCUUUGUAAUGGACCCCUGCUCCUUUGGCCCAAUCAUCAAGGAUACAAAGAGAAAACUGGACUUUGUGGAAUAUGCCAAAGAACUAGUGCUAAAAGUAUUUGGAUACGCACCACUACAGGGAGACUACCAGAUGAUCCACUCAGCCAGCACAAAGCACCUGAUGGGGGCUGGCUUGGAGGAACUCAACGAGGCCAUGCUGGACAGCCUGUCCUUAUUAAUGCUGGGGCUGAAGGGCCGGAGUCCGGAUGCCAGUUGCUGGUGUGAGGAUGGCCUCUUCCAUUUCUGCUACAAUAUCUUGUUCAAAGCUGGCUACCUGACCUUGUUCGGCUAUACAGAAGACAAGGAGCAGGACCUGCUACAGGCAGAGGAGAUCUUUGUAGAGUUUCGUAAAUUCGACAUCCUGUUCCCCAGGUUUGUCUACUCCCUGCUAGGGCCCCGGGAAUGGCUGGAAGUGGGCCGGCUCCAGCGUCUCUUCCAUGAAGUGCUUUCUGUGAAACACAAUCAGAAGAAGAAUGGUAUAAGCAACUGGAUAUCUGACAUGCUUCAGUUUCUGAAGGAGGAAGAAGUAGCUCCAGCCAUGCAGGACAAGUUCAACUUCAUGAUGCUCUGGGCCUCCCAGGGGAACACAGGGCCAGCCACUUUCUGGGUCAUCUUUUUCCUCUUGAAGUACCCAGAAGCCAUGCAGGCUGUGAAGGAGGAGGCCAGCAAGGUCCUGGGUAAGACCAAGUUGGAGGUUAACCAGGCCUUUAGCUGUGACCUCAGCGUCCUGAAAUGCACCCCAGUGCUGGACAGCGUGAUGGAGGAGUCACUGCGCCUGGGGGCUUCACCUACCCUCCUCAGGGUGGUAAAGAGUGACCAAAGCCUGAAGAUGGCCAAUGGGCAGCAGUACCUGCUCCGCAAUGGAGACAAAGUGGCCAUCUUCCCCUACCUCUCUGUGCAAAUGGAUCCUGACAUCCAUCCCGAGCCCACUGUCUUUAAGUAUGAUCGCUUUCUCAACCCCGAUGGCACCCGAAAAGUGGACUUUUACAAGGAAGGCAAGAAGAUUCAUUACUACAACAUGCCUUGGGGUGCAGGUGUCUCCAUCUGCCCUGGGAGGUUCUUCGCCCUCAGUGAAAUGAAGCUCUUCAUCCUGCUCUUGGUCUCAUACUUUGAUCUGGAACUGGUGGACCCUGAUACACCUGUGCCACCGAUUAACCCCCAGCGCUGGGGUUUUGGCACCACACAACCCAGCCAUGAUGUGCGUUUCCGCUACCGCCUGCAGCCCACUGAGUGA